ACUGUAAGUGAUUGUGACUAUUAUAAUCAUUAUGGUCUCUGGAUUGACUAGAUUAACCUUCAAUAGUUUUAUGUUCCAUUAUAGCUUAUCUGACAUUCUGACUAUGUCUGACCUCAAGGUACCAUAGUAACAAAUCUGGUUUAUUCAUAUUAUGGAAUGCUCACCUCGGCAGGUUUUACUGAGCUGUUGUCCUGGUCUUUGCCUUUGUCUCAGGAUGUUUCACUGGGUGGUGAAGGUGGUUCCUCAGCCCCCUGACGCCCCUGGUUCUCUGGGAGAGGAGUCGGCCAAUCCCGCACCAAGAAACGUGUCUAAGGCUGAAGUGAAAAAAGUCAAGGCACAACCAGCCAAACAGAAGGAAGAUGAUAUUUCUGAGGACAACAGUAUUCAGAGUGGAGUGAUGACCUGGCUCUCCAAUGGAUUCACAAGUGCUCUUCCUCAACCAGCAGGCACACCUAAUCUCAGCAGAUCCAACUCUGUAUCCAGGUCACUGCAGGAGGAUGAAAGGAAUGGGGUGAUUAAGUGGAUUGCAGAUGGACUGAGUAAAGUGGUUCCCCAGCCAGAUGAAAAGUACAGAGAGGAUAUUCGAGAGGAGGAGGAUGAAACAGAGGUUUAUAACAUGAAAGAUGUGCCGGAUGCAGAGCCCCUCCCACAUAUACCUGUGGUGGAGAUGUUUUCAGAAUAUGAGGAAGAGGAUCAGUUACCACAGUUCCCCCCCAAUGUGGUUAACUGGAUUAAGAAUGCUAUUCCUCAGCCUGUGAUGCUCCCUGCAGGCUACAUAGAGGCCCUAAGUAAGGCCCAACAGGCCCAGGUUCUCUCACCAUCUCCGGAGUCCCUCAAAGGAGAUGAGGACUCACAGAACUCGAAUGUCGUGGGCUGGUUCGUGACGGGCCUCGGCCUCAAGAUGCCACAGCCUGUCGCGAGAUCCAGAGAUGAUGUUGAAGUUGUGCCGAAUGGGGGGGUGGGAGCGCUGAGAGCCCCUUAAACAAAAGGAGAAAGAAGACUGAGGAACCGUGAGAGAGACUGAGACUGAGAGCAAAGAGAUAGAGGCAGAAAAACAGACUUACCGACAUAGAUGAUUGUCGACAUUUAUACAGCUCCACUGAGCAACCUGGCAGCUGUGAGACAUCGCUUAAAAAAUAUGUUUAAUUUACCUUACUCUUUAUGGAAUGCAGAUAUUUUAGUUUGAUUUUAAUUGUGUAUAGUCAUUGUAUUAAAAUGAACUGUUUGUCAGUUAAUAUCAGUUGUUCAAAUCUUGUUGAAAUGUAGCAAGAAAUGGGUCUUGUCUUCAUUUUAGUAAUCUUUGAAGUAAUUUGGAUGCAUUAAGAGAUUAAGUAUAUUAGAAAAUACAUACAGACACAGAGCUAUGAGGCAACAUUGUGACUCAUAGUUUUUGUACAUUAAAUAUACCAUAUUAAACUACUUUUUUGAAGGUAAAGAUUAUUGCUGCCCUGAAAAGAUAACACAAAAACCACUUAAUCAUAUUGUACAUGUUUUCCCUCGUGACCUAUUCUUAUCGCCUUGAACUAUGAAUGUGGCCUAAAGUUGUAAUUAUGUUUAUUUUGAUCUGAUGAAUGAAAUCCACAAAAGAGGAUUUGACAAACAGAGUCAAGGGAGUCAAGUUAUUACAAAUAAGUUGAUAAAUUAUGACAUCAUGCCUAAAAAGAAUCCCUGACAUUAUAAUAACGCGUUGUGAAAUAUUAUAAAAAUAAUAAAGAUGGCCUCCCGCGCAGUGGUCUAGGGCACUGCAUUGCAGUGCUAGCUGUGCCACCAGAGACUCUGGGUUCGCGCCCAGGCU